AUGAGAUACGCAAAGGCACCCUUGGGUGGUUUGCGAUUCCGAGGCCCAGAAGAUCCAGAAGAUACUGUUGGGGUAUUGGAUGCAUCAUCGUUCGGACCCCUUUGCGUGGGGGUUGGAGAGUCAGUCAAUGAUUCUUUAGCAGAGGACUGUUUAUUUAUCAAUGUCUGGCGACCAACGAAUGCCAGUGCGGAUUCCAACCUCGCUGUCUGGCUGUUCAUUCAAGGGGGUGGAUAUGCCAACAAUUCGAAUGGCAACUAUAACGGCAGCGAAGUCGUUCAGCAGUCCGGUCACAACAUUAUCUUUGUCAACUUCAAUUACCGCGUCGGUGCCCUUGGAUUCCUUGCCAGUGAGAACGUGCGAAAAAAUGGAGAUCUCAAUGCUGGACUACUCGAUCAGCGGAAGGUACUUCAUUGGGUUCAGAACCACAUUCGCAACUUCGGAGGCAACCCAAACCAUGUAGUCAUUCACGGUGACUCUGCCGGUGCAGGCUCAGUUGCCUAUCAUCUCACUGCGUAUGGUCAGCGCAAUACAACCCUUUUCAUCGGCGCAGUGGCAGAGUCGCCAUUCUGGCCUACUCAAAGAACAGUUGCACAAAUGGAGUUCCAGUACGAACGAUUGGUGAAGGAUGUUAGCUGUCACAAAGCAAAGGACUCCUUGGCAUGCUUGCGUUCUGUGGAUAUCAAAACAAUCCAAAAGUACAACGUCGACAAGCCGUUCCCAGCGGGCAGUCCCACUCCAGCCCCCCUGUGGUAUUUUCUUCCUGUUGUGGACGGAGACUUGAUCCGGGACCGCCUUUACAAUCUGUUCAGUGAAGGAAAGUUUAUUCAUGUGCCCUUAUUAGUCGGGGAUGAGACAAAUGAGGGUACCGAAUUUGCAUAUAAUGCAAGUAGCAAGUCCCAAGUGGCUCAGUUCAUGAAGAACAAUUAUCCCGGACUCUCUAAUAAGCAACUCGCUACCAUCAACAAGGCAUACGAGCAUGUGGAGCCCCUCCCUAAGCACGCGUCUCAUUUCGCAUCGGCUGCAGGCGCUUAUGGAGAUUCGACCUUCACUUGCCCAGGAAACUUUAUGACUGCAAUGGCCGCAUCAUUCUCGUCCAACCCCGUCUGGAAUUAUCGGUACAAUGUCCGCGACCCCACAAAAAUUGCAAAUGGGAUGGGUGUCCCUCAUGUUUUCGAUUUGCCUGCGAUUUUUGGGGUAGAGGGAACCAAUGAGCCAACCUAUUCAUAUGCCAGCUCAAACGCAAAGAUCGUGCCCAUCACCAUGAACUACUACUUGAGCUUUAUCCAAGUCUUAGACCCCAAUAUUUACCGGUACAAAGAUGCCCCUGAAUGGCAACCAUGGGGCUCAGAGUUCGGGCAGCGACUCAAACUCGAGACAAAUUCGACAGAGAUGGAAGCUAUUCCCAGCUUGGAGGCUGAGCGUUGCUCAAUGUGGAAGAAUCUUGCAGCAGACAUGCAGCAAUAA